AGAAUGCAGUAGUUCUUUUAACCAUACGUUAACUUGGCGCUUUCGUGUAAAAUGUAAAGGGAAAACUAGGUUAAAGUUUCGUUGCUUUACAAAACACGUGCAUUCGUGUUUGACAGUAACAGAAGGCGUGGCUACAAUGACAGACGCAUUGGUGUGACUACACUUGAAAAAAUGUGUCAUUUGAAAUGACACGAGGACGUAAGGACUUCGUGUUUCGUAACGCCUCUCCUGGUUUCAUUAUCUAUAUAUAUAUAGCGCACUUUCUGGUUUAUGCCGGGAGUUUCUGAUUGUCGGUUUGCAGUAUAGGAGCUGGUUUCUUCAACUUUUGUGAUUUGAGUUACUAUGCAGCUGUUUAUGUUUUUAUCUGUUUUGCUUAUACUCCGAGGGUUGGUGGACUGCCGUUCUCUUUCAAGAAAUCAACAUGCUGUUGGUACAAUAGACCCAGAAGUUAAUAUGAACGUUAGCCAGCUUAUAACUUUCAAAGGAUACCCCUCUGAAGAAUAUGAAGUGGUAACAGGAGAUGGAUAUAUACUUUCCUUGAAUAGAAUUCCACAUGGUGUGAAAAAUCUUGGAAACAAAGGACCACGGCCUGUUGUCUUCCUGCAGCAUGGUUUGCUGGCUGCUGGCAGCAACUGGGUCACUAAUUUGGCAAACAACAGCCUGGGUUUUAUCCUGGCAGAUGCAGGCUAUGAUGUUUGGUUAGGAAACAGCAGAGGUAACACCUGGUCCAGAAAACACAAGACUCUGAACCCUGACAGGGAUGAUGAAUACUGGGCCUUCAGUUAUGAUGAAAUGGCUAAGAAGGACCUACCAGCAGUGAUAAACUUCAUUGUACAGAAAACCGGACAAGAACAACUUUUCUACGUUGGCCAUUCGCAGGGCACUACAAUAGCUUUUGUAGCAUUUUCCACGAUGCCAGAACUGGCAAAGAGAAUAAAACUGUUUUUUGGCCUUGCACCUGUUGCUACAGUUGGAUUUGCUACUAGUCCUUUGGCACUGCUGGGGAAACUGCCUGAUUUUUCUCUCAAAUUUUUCAAUAUAAAAUUAAAUUUACUUUUGCAGACUCGUGUUCCAGUGUAUACAACACAUUGCCCAGCAGGAACAUCUGUUCAAAAUAUUGUUCACUGGAGUCAGAAUGCAAAAUCUGGUGACCUUAAAGCAUAUGACUAUGAUAGCUUAAAAGAAAACAUGGCACAUUAUAACCAGGUACAGUAUAGUGGAACAAGAGAGGCAGCAGUCGGCUCAGAUGAACCUGUUAUCCAAGGUAUGGGAAGCUAUGUGAAUAAACUAAGGGGGUUUCUAACUCCCGUCAUAAAUCCGCUUCUGAAUAUUAACUUUGGUUCAGAAUCUGCAAGUAAUUAUCAAGAGAGAACUGACAAUGACAUCAAAAUCAAAGAGCUUAAACGCGAAAUAGAGAAUAAUCUUUUUAAAUACAAGCGCUUACAGAGUCAGCGGUUUCAUUUGGAAGCUAGCAUCCAACUGAGAUGUGAUAAUUCCCUCGUGGUUUACUUAAUUCUAACGAUGCCUAGGAUUGCUUGGUAA